CGUGGCAAAUUGCGAGACACCCCUCUUGGCUAAGGAUCAUAUUACGCAGCGCCCAGCAACCGAGCAGGUUCACAGUUCCGUCCACGACCGCAUCGCACAAAGCAGAAGUCACCCACCAUUUUGCUCAGUAACAAAGAUCUUUGCAACCAGAAGACCCAGGCUUCUACCAUUCCCUGGUCUGCACUUGAGGCAUACCUGCCAGCGGACACCAGCGUCACCAUAAUCGCAAGCACAAAUCUAAACACAACAAGGAUCCAGAAAUGUAUUCUGUAGCUCCUGUCAGUGCCCUUGGCACGCCUUUGGCACCGAUCCGCUCAGUGAGCAAGCACAAACGCCCUCAAUCUCAAGCAAGGCCGGCCUCAUGUUCUGUUGCCAGCGGAGACCAACAGAUGCUUGCCCUUGGGUACCACGAGACCUCAGAAGGAGCACCUCCGGUUCCAUUGAUCCCAGCUCGCUCCGUGUUGCGGUCUCGUUCGAAUUCAGCAUCCGCCUCUUCUACAGCCGUACCUUUGCGGCCAGCGAGCCCACCACCGCCGGUGCCGAACGGUCCAGCCACACUCAAGAAGAAGAAGCAAAUUCGUACCAUGAGAACCACUGCGGCCCGGCCAGUGCCUGGCGCGCCGCCAGUUCCUCCAUAUCCGCUAGUCGCGCCACCACGGCCGCCGAGACCCGACGACGGUGACUGCCUGCUCUCUUCAUCGGUACCAGAGAAAUUUAAACCAGCGCGGGAUUGGCUUUCUCAGCCUGUGCCUCCGAUUCCUGUAGGCUUGCUGGCAAGCGUGCCCAGGACAAGGCCGAACCGUGGUCAUGGGUAUAGCACCAGCACUGGUAGCGAUUCUAGUGGUGUGGUGAGCAUCAACACCCCACGACAAAGCCACGACUCAGUGGACUUUCGCCAUGUCCAAUUGAGCAGUUCUGCCUCGACAGCAGCACAUGUGAGGAGCGGGCCUAAGAAGAAAUCGGGUUCCCACUCGCAUGCUCACGAGGCACCAUCCAUGUCCGUCUUUGAGGAGUCCUCGGACGACGAUGAGCCUUACACGCACGAACGUGGCACCUCACGCAAAUUCCGGAAAGGCGGCCUGUCUCUCAUUUCGCGCAGUAGCCACAAGCACUCGAGCAGCAAAGAAGCAACAACUAAUGCUUCCCAUGGCACUGGGACAAGCAAGAACCUAGCCACGGAAGGGGAUAGUCAUGGUAGUUUGGAUGAGUUUCGCCGGCGGGUGACAAUGAUACCCACUCACAGCCCUACGAAUUCCCUGCCGGGCCUAUCAGACGGCAGCGAGUCAUCCAAUCCGCCGUCAGCUGGGGAGCGGACCCCUACAGAAGACUCCUUCACCAAGCGUUUCGGCAGGACCUUCACCAUUAAGGCCACAAUGCCUAAGCCGGAUCAUCCUGACGAUGAACUGAUUGCGCUGAUGCAGUCACUAAAGACACCCAAGCGGCGAGAGAGUUCAGCACGAAUACGCCCUACUUACGAGAGUGCUGGGAUGGAAAGUAAGUCGUUGUCGUUGUCUUCCUCCUCCGCCGCCAAGGAUUCCUCCUACAUACCUGGGACGAUCGGAGGCAUCGUGAUUCACUAGCGGGUUCCGGCAUGUGGGGUUGUCGCAAUGUCUUGCCUAGUGUCGGGCAAGAAGAUCAUCAUUAUGCUUCGUCGAACGGGCUGGCGAGGGAGAAGCACCAAGACUUCUGAUCGAGCAUACACU